UUUGGCAUGUAUAUACAGUACACAAAUACAUAUAUACAUAUACAUAACAUAAAAUAAAAAGGCAUCUAAAAAAUUUGAAAGAAUUCACCACCCUUUUUGCUCUGUUUAUAUUUUUAAUUUUUCUCUUGGUCUCAACUGCUGUAAGUAAUUGCUGCGGCGCUGUUUCGGAAAAGAGAGAGACCCAAAAGAGACUAUGCUCGGGGACUCAGCUGUGCUGGGAGCAGGAGGAGGAGGAGGUGGUGGCCGCGGAGGAGGAGUAGAAAGUGGUGCCUCCGCCGAUGCAGUGGCGGCGACGGUGACCGUGACACAUGAUGUGGCGACGACAACCGGAGGAGGCGGUGGUGGAUCAAAUAAUUCGGGGGACGAUGAGAGGGGUAGAAUCGAAGAAGGUGAACGUAGCUUCGGCGGUAACCGGUGGCCACGACAAGAGACUUUGGCCUUGUUAAGGAUACGCUCCGAUAUGGACGUGGCGUUUCGAGAUGCAAGUGUCAAGGGUCCCUUGUGGGAAGAAGUAUCCAGGAAGAUGGCAGAGCUUGGGUAUCACAGAAGCUCCAAGAAGUGCAAAGAGAAAUUCGAGAACGUGUACAAGUACCACAAGAGAACCAAAGAAGGCCGAAGUGGGAAACAAGAUGGCAAAACCUAUCGUUUCUUUGAUCAACUACAAGCCCUUGAGAACCACUCUCCAACACCCCAUUCUCCCAACCCUUCACCAAAACCCCCACAAUCAGCACCAUCAAGAGUAGUAGCAUCAUCGGUGUCACUACCAAUUGCAACAACAACAACAGUGUCACUACCAAUUCCAACACCAACAACAGUGCCAAUGCAGCCUAUAUUGUCCAACAACGCUAUACUCACUAGUAGUGUCCCCAAUAUCACUGUUCCAUCAACAACACCACUCCCUAUAACCAUUCCUCAACCCAUUCUCACCUCCCCAUCAAUAAACCUCACAAUCCCUUCUUACCCUCCAACAAACCCUACCAAUUUCCCACCACCACCAAACCCUACCCUACCAUCCUCUUUCCCCACCGACACCUUCUCCAAUUCCAGCUCCUCCUCCACCUCCUCCGAGGAAACAUUGGAAGGGAGACGCAAGAGGAAGCGCAAGUGGAAAGAUUUCUUCGAGAGACUAAUGAAAGAAGUGAUCGAGAAGCAAGAGGAGCUACAAAAGAAGUUCCUGGAAGCCAUAGAGAAACGCGAGGACGACAGAAUAGCAAGAGAAGAAGCAUGGAGAGUACAAGAGAUGAAAAGAAUCAAUAGGGAAAGAGAAAUCUUAGCACAAGAAAGAUCCAUAGCCGCAGCCAAAGACGCAGCCGUUAUGUCAUUCCUUCAAAAAAUAGCCGAACAACAAAACCUCGGUCAAGUAUCGACCAACAUCAACCUCGUACAACAACCACAACCUCAAUUACAACCGCAGCCACCACUACAACAACAAGUGACACAACCUAGUAUUGCAGCAGCACAACCUCCCGUACAACAGCCACCGCCCGUGGUUGUUACACAGCCCGUGGUGCUGCCAGUGGUGUCACAAGUGACGAAUAUGGAGAUAGUGAAAGCCGAUAAUAAUAGUAACAACAAUAAUAACGGCGAGAAUUUCUUGGCACCAAGUUCUUCUCGGUGGCCAAAAGUGGAGGUUCAGGCAUUGAUAAAGCUUCGGACGAGCAUGGAUGAGAAGUAUCAAGAGAAUGGACCAAAGGGUCCUCUCUGGGAGGAGAUCUCAGCCUCAAUGAAGAAGCUCGGGUACAACCGAAACGCGAAAAGGUGCAAAGAGAAAUGGGAGAACAUCAACAAGUACUUCAAGAAAGUGAAGGAAAGCAACAAGCGGAGACCGGAAGAUUCCAAGACGUGCCCUUAUUUCCACCAGCUGGACGCGCUGUACAGGCAGAAGCACAGGGGCGAAGAGAGCCCCGCGGCGGUGGAGGCGAAGCCGGAGAGCGCGGUGGCGCCGUUGAUGGUGCAGCCGGAGCAGCAAUGGCCACCUCAGCAGCAGCAGCAGGAUAGGGACAUCACAAUGGAAGACAUGGAGAACGAAGAUGAUGAAUAUGAAGAAGAGAGGGAAGGAGAGGAAGAAUUAGAGGAUGAUGAAGAUGAAGAGGAUGAAGAAGGUGGUGGUGGUGGUGGGAACUAUGAGAUAGUGGCAAACAAAACAAGUGGUGGUGGUGGUGCUUCUGCUGCUUCAGUGGGGGCUUCAACGGAGUAGUAGUGUGAAGAAACCAGGUUUAGCGUGGGGGUGGGUCAGAGAGAGUGCAGGGGUUGUCGGAGGUGGCCAUUGUGGUGGAGAAAUUAAGAAUUUGAAUAUUCACGUACGGUGAAGUUACACAUGGCAAUGGUUAUGGUAUCGACCUGUGGUGGAAGGAGGAUGAUGAGGUUUGGUUGGUACUUUGUUGUAGCAUAUAAUCAGUAAGAUUAGAUUUUUUUUUUUCUUUUCUGUUUUAUAACAGUUUGUUUAUUUUUUGGGAGAAUAAAUAAAGUCCGAUGAGAGAGGGAAUUUAAGAUACAGACCAAUAAAGAAGAGAGGGACCUUAAUUAAGGUUGUAUUUUUUCUUUUCUUUUAUCUUCAUCUUAUUUUUUUUUAAUGUUCGUUCUUGGUGCUGUAAAUGGGAGGAGAGAUUAAUUCGGGUUUUGUCCUUUUCUUAUCUCUUUAAGUUUUGACAUCUUGUUACUCUUCAAAUGACUGACAUUGACUUCUCUUUCAA